AUGGUGGAUCUGGAGAGUGAGGUGCCUCCUCUUCCUCCCAGGUACAGGUUUCGGGAUUUGCUGCUGGGAGACCAAGGAUGGCAGAACGACGACAGGGUACAAGUUGAAUUUUAUAUGAAUGAAAAUACAUUUAAAGAGAGACUGAAGCUAUUUUUCAUCAAAAACCAAAGAUCAAGUCUCAGAAUACGAUUGUUCAAUUUUUCUCUCAAGUUAUUAAGCUGUUUCUUAUAUAUAAUUCGAGUGCUCCUGGAUGAUCCUACACAAGGACAUGGAUGCUGGGGCUGUUCCAGUCAAAACUACACACCUGCAAAGAUUGAUUGGUCUCCUAUUAUUUGGGUGAACAGAAGCUUGCCUUUAUGGGGAUUACAGGUUUCAGUGGCUUUGAUAAGUCUGUUUGAAACAAUGCUGCUGGGUUAUCUGAGCUACAAGGGAAACAUCUGGGAACAAGUUUUGCGAAUACCCUUCCUCCUGGAAAUAAUCAACGCUGUUCCCUUUAUCAUUACAAUUUUCUGGCCUGCACUAAGAAACCUAUUUAUUCCAGUAUUUUUAAAUUGCUGGCUUGCCAAACAUGCUUUGGAGAACAUGAUUAAUGAUCUCCAUAGAGCCAUUCAACGUACACAGUCUGCAAUGUUUAACCAAGUUCUUAUUUUAAUAUCCACAUUGCUGUGUCUUAUCUUCACCUGUAUUUGCGGAAUUCAGCAUCUGGAGCGAGCAGGAAACAAGUUGACUCUCUUUGACUCCCUUUAUUUCUGCAUAGUGACAUUUUCCACUGUGGGCUUUGGGGAUGUUACACCCAAGAUCUGGCCUUCAAAACUGCUGGUUGUCAUUAUGAUCUGUGUUGCCCUUGUGGUGUUGCCCAUACAGUUUGAACAGCUGGCUUAUUUGUGGAUGGAGAGACAGAAGUCUGGGGGUAACUACAGUCGACACAGAGCUCAGACAGAGAAACAUGUGGUACUGUGUGUCAGCUCCCUGAAGAUUGACUUGCUUAUGGAUUUCUUAAAUGAGUUCUAUGCUCAUCCCAGACUGCAGGACUAUUAUGUGGUUAUUUUGUGUCCUACUGAGAUGGAUGUUCAAGUGAGAAGAGUGUUGCAAAUUCCAAUGUGGUCUCAAAGAGUUAUCUAUCUGCAAGGCUCAGUACUGAAAGAUCAGGACCUGUUGAGAGCUAAGAUGGAUGAUGCUGAGGCCUGUUUCAUUCUGAGUAGCCGGUGUGAGGUGGACAGGACAGCAGCGGAUCAUCAAACCAUUUUAAGAGCCUGGGCAGUUAAAGACUUUGCUCCAAAAUGUCCUUUAUAUGUACAAAUAUUAAAACCCGAAAAUAAAUUCCACAUCAAGUUUGCAGAUCACGUUGUAUGUGAAGAGGAGUUCAAAUAUGCUAUGCUAGCUUUAAACUGUAUCUGCCCAGCUACUUCUACGCUAAUCACCCUGCUCGUUCAUACCUCUAGAGGACAGGAGGGUCAACAAUCACCAGAACAGUGGCAGAAAAUGUAUGGCCGAUGCUCUGGUAAUGAAGUGUAUCACAUUAAUCUGGAGGACAGUACGUUUUUUGCUGAAUAUGAGGGAAAGAGCUUUACAUAUGCUUCUUUCCAUGCACAUAAAAAGUUUGGAGUCUGUUUGAUUGGUGUUAGGAGGGAAGAUAACAAAAACAUUUUGCUGAAUCCAGGCCCUCGAUAUAUUAUGAGCGCUACAGAUAUAUGUUUUUAUAUCAACAUCACUAAAGAAGAAAAUUCAGCUUUUAAAAAGCAAGAACAGCACAGAAAAAAUAAUGAAUCCAAGUCAUACUAUCAUGGACCUUCUAGGUUGCCCUUGCACAGUGUAAUUGCCAGUAUGGGGACCGUGGCUAUAGAUUUACAAGAUACAGGAUGUAGAUCUUCCAGUGGACCUACCCUAACCCUUCCUUCAGAGGGAAGUAAAAAUGGCAGAAGAUCUAGCAUAGCACCUGUUUUGGAGGUUGCAGACUCCUCAUCACUUCAAGCGUGUGAUCUUCUAAGUGACCAGUCAGAGGAUGAAACUACUCCAUCAGAUGAUGACAUUUCUACAGGUUUAGAGUAUGUACAGUAUGCUAAAGGUUAUCCUCCUUACUCUCCUUAUAUUGGAAGUUCUCCCACAUUUUGCCAUCUGCUGCAUGAAAAAGUGCCAUUUUGUUGUUUAAGACUGGACAAGGGGUGCCAACAUAACUACUAUGAAGAUGCCAAAGCCUAUGGAUUCAAAAAUAAAUUGAUUAUAGUUGCAGCAGAGACAGCUGGAAAUGGCUUAUACAACUUUAUUGUUCCACUCAGAGCUUAUUACAGACCAAAGAAAGAACUCAACCCUAUAGUAUUACUUCUAGAUAACCCGCCAGAUAUGCAUUUUCUGGAUGCAAUCUGUUGGUUUCCAAUGGUUUACUACAUGGUGGGCUCUAUUGACAACCUAGAUGAUUUGCUAAGAUGUGGGGUAACCUUCGCUGCCAACAUGGUGGUUGUGGACAAGGAAAGUACUAUGAGUGCUGAGGAAGACUAUAUGGCAGAUGCCAAGACUAUUGUAAAUGUACAAACGCUCUUUAGGUUGUUUUCAAGUCUAAGCAUAAUCACAGAGCUAACUCACCCAGCCAAUAUGAGAUUCAUGCAGUUCAGAGCCAAAGACUGCUACUCUCUUGCGCUAUCAAAACUGGAAAAGAAAGAACGGGAGAAGGGUUCUAAUCUGGCAUUUAUGUUUCGCCUGCCUUUUGCUGCUGGAAGGGUUUUCAGCAUCAGUAUGUUGGACACCCUGCUGUACCAGUCAUUUGUGAAGGAUUAUAUGAUCUCUAUCACAAGACUUCUGCUGGGACUAGAUACCACACCAGGAUCUGGGUUUCUUUGUUCUAUGAAAAUCACAGAAGAUGACCUAUGGAUUAGGACAUAUGCCAGACUAUAUCAGAAACUUUGUUCUUCAACAGGAGAUAUUCCUAUUGGAAUCUAUAGAACUGAAUCCCAAAAACUUACAACAUCUGAGUCACGAGAAACGGCCUCACAAUCUCAAAUUUCUAUUAGCGUAGAAGAAUGGGAAGACACCAAAGACACCAAAGAACAAAUAAACAACCGCAAUAACCAUCGUAACUCCACAUCCAGUGAUCAGUCAGAUCAUCCCUUGUUACGACGGAAGAGCAUGCAGUGGGCCCGACGGCUGAGCAGAAAAGUGCCAAAGCACUCUGGCAAAACAGCGGAGAAAAUAAGUCAGCAGCGGAUGAGCCUUUACAAGAGGUCAGAAAGACAGGAACUUGCUGAACUUGUGAAGAACAGAAUGAAGCACUUGGGACUUUCCACAGCAGGAUAUGAUGAAAUGAAUGAUCAUCAAAACACCCUCUCUUACAUCCUGAUCAAUCCUUCUCCAGAUACAAGACUAGAGCUGAAUGAUGUUGUUUACUUGAUCCGACCCGAUCCAUUGGCAUACAUUCCAAAUACCGCAUCCAGCCGAAAAAAUAGCUUCUGCAAUACCAUUGGACAAGACGCCAGGGAGGAAACACAACUUUGAUAUAUUAUUCUGCUCAAUGAUAAGAGACCAUUUUCAUAUUGUUUCCAGUAACCGCUUUGAAAUCUAAUCAAAAUGGAAUGUUUAUAUUUUGUUCAGAUCUUCUUGGACAAGAGAGAAUCCUAUCUGAUAAGUGGGCAAUAAUUCAAGUUGGGAAAACAUGUACUCUAAAUGAAAGUGAUUGCCAUGUCUGUAGCCUAUUCCAGUAAUUUUGGAAAUGGAACUUUGUCACACAUUAAUGGAGUAAUUAUGAAAAGCUAUAUUACAUUUUAACAAUCUAAUCGGAACAAAUUCCAUCAUCAUGAAUUUAAUUGCUGCGUCUAAAUGUUAUGUUUAUCAAAGAGAUAGUGAAUCACUAACUAAGCCUCUGACCCAUAACUUGAAAGAAUAUCAAUGUGCAAAACAUAUAAAAUGCCUACACACACACUGGUACACAUACAGUGGCAUAUUUUAGUAGUAGUAAAUAUUCCUAUUAUGGUAGCUCUCAAAUGCCCCCAUCAAGAUUAUGUACAAGAAUCAUAGUCCAUGAAAUCAUUUUCCAGUUUGUCUCUUUGCCCACUUAUAUUAGAACAGACCAAUUUUAUAGGCCCAAUAUGGCCCUCUAGAGUGUAUUUGAUUAUUAGUUCUGCUGUUUAGACAGAGAUCAGUUUGCAUAGGGCAUACUAAGUGAACCCUACAAGGUCUAUUCUAAGGGAUUUCCAAGGGAUAAAUCCUGGCAG